CACAGCAUCAGCCCGCGAAACAUCAGUGUCCGGAACACGGAGAGAACAUGGCAAAUGCGUACCUGCAAGGAGUAGAGAUCUCCGCGUCUCAGUUCCUGGAUAUUUUCCAUCAUUAUGACAACGAUGGUAAUGGAUAUAUUGAAGGGAAGGAGUUGCAGAAUUUUAUCAAAGAACUUCAACAAGCUCGAAAACAAGCAGGACUGGAACUAACAGACAAAAUGAAAGCUUUUGUGGAGAAAUAUGAGCAAAAUGCUGAUGGGAAAAUAGGUAUCACUGAGCUGGUACAAAUACUACCAACAGAGGAAAACUUCUUGCUAUUUUUCAGACAACAGCUAAAGUCCUGUGCAGAAUUUAUGGAGGCAUGGAGGAAUUAUGAUGCUGAUCACAGUGGAUACAUUGAAGCUGAUGAACUUAAGAACUUUUUGAAAGACCUUCUUCAGAAGGCCAAAAAACCAUAUGAUGAAAAGAAAUUAGAAGAAUACACACUGACUACGCUGAAAAUGUUUGAUUCAAAUAAAGAUGGGAAAUUAUGUCUGUCAGAAAUGGCAAGGCUGUUACCAGACCAGGAGAACUUUCUACUAAAAUUUCAGGGUGUUACAAUGGCCAGAAAAGAGUUCAACAAGAUUUUUGAGUUAUAUGAUCAGGACAGGAACGGUUACAUGGAUGAAAAUGAGCUUGAUGCCCUUCUCAAAGACCUUUGCGAGAAGAACAAUAAGGUUCUAGAAGUCAGCAAAAUCCCGACAUAUAAGAGUGCCAUCAUGGCCCUGUCUGAUGGAGGGAAGCUCUACAGAACAGAGUUAGCACUAGUGUUGUGUGCAGAGGAGAUGUGAACCCCAGCAUCCACAAUACUCACCCCUUCAUACUCACACCAUCCCAGAACCAUUCCUCAGCUCACCUGUGAAGUGUAAAUUAUCUAGAACCGAAUGCAUAUUUCUGUUCUUUCAUUUAGAAAAUGUAUUUCACAUAAACAGGCAACUGUUGGCACAUACUUUUCGAUUUGUUGUUUCUAUACUGUUUCUAAGUGUACAGACUUUUUUAACAAUGAUGUGGUUACAAUACUUCUGACCUACACCUUGUGCACUACAUACAUUGACAUUUCACCUUCAACAGAGGAAACCCAGAACAGUACUUAAUCCCAAUACAGAUUUCAAUAUCCAAAAUAUAUUGAUUGCCAAUGUCUAUUCAGUGAAUAAUCUUGAUAUCAUAGACAAAAAGCAAUAAUGACCUCAAGGAAUGCCAAUGAAACAUGGCCUGUUGGUGGAAUCUAUAUAAAACUCCAAAAGGCUACAUUUACUUUAGCGAUGCAUGUUUUUAGAUGAAGACAGGCACCUGCUAGUGUGACUGUAAGCAUAUGCCGAUUGUAAUGCGUCGCCCCAGCCCUGUCUCUGAUGUUAGAUCAACUUAAUUUUGCACUGUAAAGAAUGACAUGCUCCUCUAUGCUGAACACAGAAAGUGUGUAAGAAGAAUUUAAACUUAUUGAAUUACUACCAAAUCCAGUGGUCCUGCCUCUUAUUUCUCAACAGAUAAUUUCAAAUGAAUAUCCUCUGCAAGCAAUUUAUAUGAUUUGGAUCAGAUGCACCAUCAUCACUUGUCAUUACAUCCAUUCUGUUAGUUUUUAAAGUAAAUAAAACUAUACUUAAAUUUCAUUUUAGGACUUCAAACAUUGCAUGAACGUGUAACUGAUGUAGAGGAACUUUUGAAAAAGAAUGCAGUAUCUUUAAGUACAAUUAUCUGCACCAUCUGGAUCAGUGAUCUAAUCUUAUAAUUGAAUAACUGACCUUCCAAUGGUGGACACUCACAUUUUGUCUGGGAGCCUGGAAGGCAUAAAACUUGUGUGAUUGUGAACAAACAGACACGUACUCAAAAGAGAAGCAUAUUUUCUGGCUGGAAAAUAGAAAAAUUUUAUAUGUACCAUUUGUCAAUGUUUUAAAAAAUAUGUUAAUUUUGACAUUAAAAAUGCAUAUGAUU